CUGCUAGAUCAGAGCAGAGCAUGGGUAUACGGCCGCCCAUACUGAUGAUCCGGCCUUAUAACCACGCACUCUCUCAUCUAAUGAGAUCGAGACCUUCCAGAAACCGGAUAAUGGGUCACGUAGCAUCCAGCGAGAACAGCGCUGGCCAGACGUCGAAGAUGCGAUGCGGUACGGCACAAUAAACAUUGGCGCGUGGCGUCGCAGAAGAUGCCGCCCGCGCUCCCGCCCGACGUCGGAUGGCCCGUAUACGCCGGCACCGUACCGCAAGAAAUAGCGGGCGCCGGGCGGGAGACAUGGGCGCAAGGACAGGCCAGGAUGACCCAAGGUAGGUCGGUCCUAGGAGGCCCCUCCUCGGUCCAUCCCCUAGGCUAUGAGCUGAUAUCUCAUGUACUUUAGGGUUUUGCCCAUGCAGGCUCUGGCAAGAGACGCCCUUGCCAAAGCAAUAUGUGAUACCUCCUUCUUAUCCAGAGCGUCCAAUUCACGGGGAACGCUCGAUCCUAUUCGGCGGAUGUCGACGUUCCGCAUCCUCCCACCCCG